GGCCCGAUUGUAUACAAUAGCUGGAGAUUUUAUCUGGUGGGGCUUCGAGCUUUUCUUCUGGCCCGCCGCCAACCCCGGGAAAUUUAGAUUCGGUUACAACUACUAAAUAUCCUUGCUUGAGACCGCAACAAGAACCGAGCCAUCGUUCAAAGUAACCUAAACUACUAGAGAUUGACCGUAUAAACAAAUGGCGGCUUCAUUUCCAUCCGAUGCGCUGCAUUUUCCAGCAAACUCUCGUCCCUUUCUCGAGCCUUACCUGCCGCCAGAGGCUUCGGAAGACGGCCAAAUUGAGGCUGAGAAGGGGGAAGCACAGCAGGAAAAGAAUGGCAAUGACUCAUCUCGCCCAUACACAACCCUCACAUUUGCUACGUCUCUCGACUCUGCCCUCUCGCUAGCCCCAGGGAUGCGCACCGUGUUGUCUGGGCCGCAAUCAAAAGCCAUGACUCACUACCUCCGUUCGCGACACCAGGCCAUUCUCAUUGGCGUUGGAACUGCCAAUGCCGACGACCCCGGCCUCAACUGCCGUAUCGAAGGUGUAGAUGGAUACAAAUUGUCCACUGUAGAAUCAAAUCUGCAACCAGACGCUGCCAUUAGCGAUUAUGCGAAAAAGGCAUCAUCAGAUCCGGAAUUGAGAAACUUGAUGAAAAACGUCGCCAUGGGAAGGGCAUCAACCGAGCAAAUGCAGGGUUUUCAGAGCCACCUUACUCAAAUUCAAAAUACUAAACAUGAAGAGAACUUAGAAAAGCUACGACGAGAGCAAGAAAAACUUCAACAGCCUAGGCCAAUUGUCAUUGAUCCUCGUGCAAGGUGGGGGUUUCAUGAGGGUUCUAAGAUUCUUUCGCUUGUUAGAGAGGGGAAAGGAAAGGCACCUUUUAUCAUUAUUUCCAAGAAUGUUCUUCCGCCUAAAGAUAAGCAGGAACUUUUGGAGGCAUACGGUGGGAAGUUUAUAGCUGUUGAGACAGUACAAGACGUCAAUGGCGACACUCGGUUUGAUUGGAACACCAUCCUCCGUAUUCUCGCAACGGAGGAGAAUAUAAAGAGUAUUAUGAUUGAAGGAGGCGGAGCGAUAAUCAAUUCUAUUCUUUCGGAGCCGCGAUACAGUGCUCUCGUCGACUCGGUCAUUAUUACUAUUGCUCCUAAGUGGCUCGGCCAGGGAGGAGUUGUGGUCUCGCCAAAGCGGCUAGUUGAUGAAGAUGGAUGCGCGAUUCCUGCUUCAAGGCUGACAGAAGUUCAGUGGCAUCCGUUCGGGGAAGAUGUUGUACUUUGCGGGAGGAUUAUUAAAUCUCAAUAA